AUGUCCAUACGUGACCUGGGGUCAAUUACGGUGCUCCAGAAAUACCCAGGAGGACAAAGACAAAGAGACGUCGAAGGAAAUACCAGAGCAGGAGACGCGCUUAUUCCCAAGGUCCGCCCAGCAUCUGCCAGACACCUCAGUGGCAUAAAGUCAAGGGCCUCUUACGAAAAACACUACCACGCCCAUCUGCAGACAGUGGAGUCACAUGCAGAGUUAGGUCAUGCUCAAAGUAGGUUCCAAGGCAUCGCUUUUCACGCCCGACACAGAAGAGACCGCAGUGUGGGAGGAGGAGGAGGAGGAGGAGGAGGAGGAGGAGGAGGAGGAGGAGGAAUUCAGCUGUUCAAAAAGGAAGAAAAAUGA